CACCCUCCUCCGCGUCCUCGGGGUCGGAAGCGACAGAGCCGGAGAAGCCUGAGGCGGCCCGGGCCUGCGAGGGCCAGGAGGGGGGCGGCUGAUGGGCCGCCCGGGAACCGGGCGCUGAGCGGCUGCGGAUCCGGGGAGUUCAGGGCUAGAGUCAAGGCAAGAUGGUGGACUGGGACAGCAGCAAUGCCACCUUAGCCCCAUCCUCCCUGCCCAACAUCACCAUCCCGCACCGAUGCUUACUUCUCCUUUAUGAAGACAUCGGCACCUCCCGGGUUCGGUACUGGGACCUCGUGCUGCUAAUCCCCAAUGUGCUGUUCUUCACUUUCCUGCUCUGGAAGCUGCCAUCGGCUCGGGCCAAGAUCCGCAUCACCUCCAGCCCCAUCUUUACCACUUUCUAUAUCCUGGUGUUUGUGGUGGCCCUGGUGGGCAUAGCCCGGGCUGUGGUCUCCAUGACAGUCAGCACUUCAGAUGCAGCCACGGUGGCUGAUAAGAUUCUGUGGGAAAUCACUCGCUUCUUCCUUCUGGAUAUUGAAUUGAGUGUGAUCAUUCUGGGCCUGGCCUUUGGUCACCUGGAGAGUAAAUCCAGCAUCAAACGAGUCUUGGCCAUCACCACAGUUCUGUCCUUGGCCUACUCUGCCUCACAGGGGACCUUGGAGAUCCUGUACCCUGAUUCCCACCUCUCCGCUGAUGACUUCAAUAUCUACGGGCAUGGUGGCCGCCACUUCUGGCUCGCCAGCUCCUGUUUCUUCUUUCUGGUCUACUCUCUUGUGGUUAUCCUCCCGAAGACGCCUCUGAAAGAUCGGAUCUCGCUGCCAUCCCGGAAGAGCUUCUAUAUUUAUGCUGGUAUCCUGGCCCUGCUGAACCUGGUCCAGGGCCUGGGCAGUGCCCUGCUCUGUGUGGACAUUAUUGAGGGCCUCUGCUGUGUGGACGUGACCACCUUCCUCUACUUCAGCUUCUUUGCCCCCCUCAUCUAUGUGGCCUUCCUCAAGGGCUUCUUUGGGGCAGAGCCCAAAAUCCUCUUCUCAUACAAAUGCCAAGUGGACGAGGCUGAGGAGCCUGAUGUGCACCUGCCCCACCCCUACGCGGUGGCACGCCGGGAGGGACUGGAUGUGCCAGUGGGCUCUUACUCCAACACUCAGAUUGAUACAGCUGCCUAUUUGGACGAUGUGGCCUCCAUGCCCUGCCACGUGGGCAGCAUCAACAGCACUGACAGUGAGCGCUGGAAGGCCAUCAAUGCUUGAGCCCUCUCUCCCUGGGCCUACACCUCCCCUUGCCCCAGAAAGGCUUUGAGGUCCAGCAGCCAUGGGGGCUUCACCUCCAAACUCCCUAGCUCCUUCCUCACCAAGACCAGCCCUAACCCCACUUGCAGGCUUUGAGCCCCAGGUCUGAUUACCUGCUCCUUGUCUUGGCCAUACUAGCUGGUGGGCAUAACCACUUCUCAGGAUCCCCUGGGAGGGAAGAGGAGUCAAGGCAGAAGGAUGCCCAGAAGUCAGGGAGAAUGCCAGCCGAUACAGGACAUCUGCAGCAGGCCUGGUGUCUCCAUGCCAAUCAGAUGGCAUGGGACUGUUUGGGAAACCUUUGCUUGUAGGAGAGGAGAGGAAGCAGAGUAGGAAAAGAACCAUGACAGAAGGGGGGUGGGAGAUUGGGAGAGGGCAGAAGUCAGGUGAAGGGUAUAGGGGUCAUGGAGGCAGAGGCCUGGCAGAAGUGUAGGAGAGAGCUGGCCAAAGUGAAGAGGAGAAAGAAGCCAGGUGGGAGUGGAGGACGGGUGGGAAGCAAGCCCAUUGCCACUGGAAGCUUGAGCCCUCUAGGCUGAGCAGAGGAGGAAGCCUGUUGUAUAUAAAAGCCAGAGCUGGCCGGACUUGAGGCAGCCUGUUUGGGGUAGAUCUCCCCAUGCUGCUAAAACACAGGGUGAUUGGGUGGCUAAGACCUCCCUGAAAGACUUUUCCUUUGAGACCUGGGGACUAGACAGGAUAGGCCCUGGGUGGGGACUACAGGUGGCUGCUUUGUGGGGAGUAGAAAUAGAGGGGGCUGUGUCUUGAGGGAUUUCUUGAUCUCUCUUCUCCUUCUUCAUUGAGAGAAGAACCUAGCCAGCUCCUGACCCAGAAGAGCUAGUGGGAGUUGGUGUGUGUGCGUGUGUGUUUGUGGUGGAGAAUCUCUUUGGGCAUAUGCCCUGGCCUUCCAGGGCCCUUCUGGAAAUCAGCCCAGGUUUGGACCUCCUCUUUUCCCUGCUUGAAGGGAGGGUAUACCAUGUACUUCCCACCGUGUUGAUGGGGACACUUGGGCCUUGGUGAUGGAAGAGGUGCUCGUUAGAGGAAGAGCUUUUUGGGCCUGAGGGUUUAGAACCCGACUUGGUUAGAGCCAAGCCUCUCAUCCUGCCUGGGCAUUGUGUUGAGGUCAGAGUGAGGAGGGCAUGUACCAGGCUGGGGACAGGCUCAGGGCUUUCCCUUCUAGCUUGAAUGGUUAUUUCCAAAUCUUUGCUGACCUCCUAGGGCUGGCUCUGCUUCUGUGAAGGGCCAGUUCAGGAGGUAUCUUUCCUACCUCUCCCCCGCCCCCCAGUCUCUAGUUAAGAAACCUGAGGCCCAUAGAUCCUGCUUGGUCUCUCCUCCCCAAUGCAUAGAGGCAGCAUCUCAGCCUCUCAACCUGGGGGACCAUCUGCUCCCUAAGAAAGUUUCCAGCCACCAUGGGCCUAAUCCCCCCAGCCUCCUUCCCUUACUGUCUGCCACAGCGUUUGGGCAGAAGGAUCUCUUGUAUAGAACCGCUAAGUUGUGCAUAUUUUACUGUUCUUUGUUUUUAAAAGAAGAAUUAAGAAUAAGGGGGAAAACAGGCUUUGAAUGAUGUGGCAUUUUGUCGCAAUAACUCUUUGGUCAGGAGUCUUAGUGGCUGGCCUGGCCUCGGGUGCUGGGAGAGGCUGAAUGGGAAAACCCAGCUCUGUGGCCUCUUCUGGAAGGAUGGCUGGUGUUUGUAGAGCGCUUUAAGGGCUGCAGAGGGCUUUACAGAGAUGAUCGGAUCCCCACAACAACCUCACAGAAGAAGAAAGUGAAGCCCUGAGGUUAAGGGACAUGGCAGCUUCUGAGUGUGUGAGGCAGAACUUCAGCUCGCGUCUUCCUGACUCCGUUUCCAGUGCUCCAUCUUUGUGCCACCUCUAGGACAGGAAGAGUACAGGCUUGGUUUGGGAUGGGGGACUGCUGGCUGCUCCUGGGUGUGAACUCGGUGUCUCUAGUGGGUCAUGAAGAGACACUUCCCUGGCAUGGAGCCUGCCUUACAUGAUCUGGGCUCCAGGUACCUGGAUGCAGCCACGGAGCUUGGCAGUGACUCGAGGCGAUGGGGAGGGAGCUGUGAGGGAGGGGAAAGGGGGGCAGGACCCAUUGGUUUCCAUAAACCAUUAGAUUGAAGGGGCUGGGAGUUGGCUUCCUUUUUUCACACUCCAUCCCUUUCUCCUCUGAAGAUGACUUGGUUUACUUUUGCCUGGAUAAAGGAAGGUGAGAACCUAG